UCCUAAAUGAGCCACCUGUAAAACAAAACAAUACAGAGGCGGCAACAAUUUCAGCGUAAUAUUUCUUUCCUUAAAUUUUACUCCGUUGCAAGCCGUUUAAAUAAGCGGUUAUUAAAUUGAUGAUACGAAAGGUAAGUACACAGAACAAAAAGAGAAAGGGUGCAAUGAGUUUAACACAAAGACUCAGACCCAAAUCACUUUAUUGUAGGACACUUGUACAAUGUCAGAGCCAGACCAGAUGUUCCUAUCAGUCAAUGCCUUUAAUUUCGAGUAGUAAUGAUGUAUCAAUCAGGUUCUCAAAUAAUUUAAAUUGUUUUCCUGGCGCGGACAACGUGUUUGAUGAAUUGUCUCAAAGAGAUAUUUCUGAAACUAAUCGAGUGCUUUUUGGGUACUCGAGAGAUAAUAUGAACUUGGAGGCGAUCAAAUAUUUUGUGGGUAUUCGUAGAUUGGGUUCACCUGUUGAUGGGUGUAGCCUUUCUUGUGUUUUAAAGGUUUGUGGGGUCUUGUUUGAUCAGAUUCUUGGUAAACAAGUACAUUGUCAUUGUGUUAAAUCUGGGUUUUUGGAGGAUGUGAGUGUUGGAACAUCGCUUAUUGAUAUGUACAUGAAGUCUGAGAAUGUUGCUGAGGGGAAACAAGUAUUUAAAGAGAUGCCUGAGAGAAAUGUAGUAUCUUGGACUUCGUUGCUUUCAGGUUCAAGUUGGAAUGGGUUGUUUGAUGAGGCGGUAGAUAUUUUCUUUCAAAUGCAACAUGCAGGAAUUAAUCCUAAUUCCUUCACUUUUGCUGCUGUGCUUGGAGCAUUGGCGAACAAUGGUUUGGUAGAGAAAGGAAUUCGAGUGCAUGCAAUGGUUAUUAAAAGUGGGUUUGAAUUGGCUACUUUUGUAUGUAAUUCCUUGAUGAAUAUGUAUUUUAAGUCUGGUUUAAUAAAUGAUGCUAAGGCUGUGUUUAAUGGUAUCAGGAACAGGACUGUGGUUUCGUGGAACUGCAUGAUAGCUGGUUUUGUGACAAAUGGGCUUGAUGUGGAAGCUCUUGAGCUUUUUAAUAGGAUGAGGGUUGCAGGAAUAGAUCUGACUCAGUCGAUUUUUGUUACAGUCAUAAAAUUGUGCUCUGACCUUCAUGAACUUGGUUAUGCAAGACAAGUCCAUUCCUUAGUUAUUAAAAGUGGGUUUGGACUGGAUCCAAAUAUUAUUACAUCACUUAUGGUAAACUACACAAAGUGUGGUGAAAUGAAUGAUGCCUUCGAGAUAUUCAGUACAACGCCGGGUGUUCAUAAUGUUGUGUCAUGGACAGCCAUCAUUAAUGGGUACUUGAAGAAUGGUGAGGUAAAGCAAGCUGCAGAAUUGUUUUGUCAAAUGAACAGAGAAGCUGUAAGGCCAAACGAUUUUACUUAUUCUACUAUUCUUACAGCUCACCCUACUAUUUCUUUAUUUCAAGUACAUGCCCCAGUCAUCAAAUCUAAUUACGAGAGGACGGCAUCAGUAGGAACUGCUCUCUUAGAUGCUUAUGUCAAAAUUGGACACAUUAACGAUGCUGAAAGAGUGUUUGAUCUAGUCGAGGAGAAGGAUAUUGUUGCAUGGUCUGCAAUGUUAGGUGGGUAUGCCCAAGUAGGAGACAGCAUUGGAGCUAUAAGACUCUUCUGCCAAUUGGCAAAGGAACGGAUUAAUCCAAAUGAGUAUACAUUUUCUAGUGUCAUUAAUUCAUGUUGUAAUCCUAUGGCGACAGUGGAGCAAGGGAAACAGCUACAUGCAAGGUCAAUAAAAUCAGGACAUCAUAAUGCUUUGUGUGUAAGUAGUGCCCUUGUUACCAUGUAUGCGAAGAGGGGUAAUAUCGAGAGUGCUAAUGAAAUUUUCAAAAGGCAAAAGGAGAGGGAUCUAGUUUCAUGGAAUUCAAUGAUCUCGGGAUAUUCACAGCACGGUUAUGGAACAAUGGCACUUGAGAUUUUUGAGGAAAUGCAAACUCACAAUUUGCAAUUGGAUGAUGUAACGUUUAUUGGAGUGCUUACUGCUUGUACUCAUGUUGGACUUGUGGAGAAAGGUCAAAGAUACUUUGAUAUGAUGGUAAAAGACCAUCAUAUAGAUCCUACUAUGGAGCAUUACUCCUGCAUGGUUGAUCUUUACAGCCGAGCUGGAUUACUAGAAAAAGCCAUGUCUAUCAUUGAAGGGAUGCCCUUUCCUGCUGGUGCAACUAUUUGGCGUACACUUCUUGGAGCUUGCCGUGUUCAUCGAAAUUUGGAGAUAGGGAAACGUGCAGGAGAAGAGCUCAUGUCUCUUGAUCCUCAACACUCUGCUGCGUAUGUGUUAUUAUCUAAUCUUUAUGCUGCAGCUGGAAAAUGGCAAGAGAAGGGGAAAGUUAGAAAACUAAUGGAUGAAAGAAAAGUAAAAAAAGAAGCUGGGUACAGCUGGAUUGAGGUUAAACGCAAAACUUACUCAUUCCUAGCUGGAGAUCGUUCACAUCCCUUGUCAGAUAGCAUCUAUUUGAAACUAGCUGACUUAAAUGUCCGACUGAAGGAUGCAGGGUAUCAACCUGACACAAACUAUGUACUUCAGGAUAUUGAAGAGGAGCACAAAGAGGCUACUCUUUCUGAACAUAGUGAGAGGUUAGCUAUUGCUUUUGGAUUGAUUGCCACACCGCCUAGCAGUCCGCUUUAUGUUAUGAAGAAUCUUAGAGUUUGUGGUGACUGUCACACUGUAAUAAAGUUAAUAUCGUCCCUUGAAGGAAGAGUAAUUGUGGUCAGAGAUUCAAAUAGAUAUCAUCACUUUAAAGAAGGAUCUUGCUCUUGUGGGGAAUACUGGUGACAUUAAAUUAUGGAAAUAAGAACUUGCUACCAAAAACCUUCAAAAGGAGCCCUCCUAGUUUGUAACUAAGCAUGGCCAUGACGCUUGUGUGUGAAUAGGCCGAUAGAACUAAAAUAUAUGCCUGAAAGAUUCGAUGAAGUUAACUGACCAAGACAGGAAAAUGAAAGUUGAUUACAUGAGCUCCCGCACACCAUUUAACUGUAUACUUGUUGUUAGUGGGUUCUACUGGUUGCUACUUCUCAGAGAUACAAGUUACCAUAUGUAUAAGAAUUGAUGCUGACCAGUUUAAUUGAGAAAAGAAUUUCAUUUUGGAAGGAGCAUAAUUCUUAUUGCUUGCUGAGAAAACAACAGGAAUUGUAUGUAGCUAAGGAUUGGCUUGGCCUUAAAAGUAUAUGAAUUUGGCAGUCAGAAUUUUAUCUUGGUCAAAGGGUAAAGUUGGCAUCAACACACCUACGGCACAAAGAGUUAUCUUUGCACUGAAACAGUUGUGUUGCUCUGCUGUUUGCACGGAACGUUACGUUGUGGGAAUUGAAGACUUGCUCCCGUUCUGAGAGAUUCUCACGAUGCCCAUGCAGUUAGUCCACUUGGCAAACUUGGAUCAAUAUUUUUGUUUACAGAGGAUCGUUUACUUUCAGACUCUGAAUUCUAUUCACGAGAACACUAUAUGAUGGUAAGAAUGACUUUGAUUUUACCAGUUUACGGUUAUCUUCUUGUAAGAAUUGAUUUCAGCUUACAUAUACAUUAUUGGACGGUUGUUUCAAGCUAGUGCUUCAAGAUCAUCAUCACUACUAAAUGUUAGCCAGUCAAUGAUGUCACUGCAUUGACAUCAGUGCUUUUGCAAGUUUAAUCUCCAUGUUAGAACUUAUCAAGCUUUGGAAGAAAGCUUAGUCUUUCUUCCUGUAGUAUAGCAAGAAAACAUAAAAGCCAUCAAAAGUGGUGUUAUAACAUAUGUACACAGUUCAUGACAAUAUAUCAAUGCUAUAUACAUAUAAAUUGUAGGAUGGUAUUAGAGAUAAGUUACAUAGGACGGUGUAAAAUCCAGAGCUUAAGAUUUUUGUGGAACUAAAUCCAAUCGGAACACAGCAUGCAAGAUGCAUUGAUAAAUACAAACAUACACAGGCCGAGGGGAAGAAAUAGAGAGUCUAGAAAGCUAAGCAAGAUUGCCUUCUUCAGGUGCAUUCGACUACACACUUUACUUCGUCACAUUGUGUAGUUUGGGCAACAUUUCGUCAUUUCUAGCAGGGUCAGUAUAGUGAAAGUUGUCACACUCCUGGUUCCAAGUUCCAACUAAACUGGUUGUCAGUAGGAUUUCCAGCCUCAGUUUAGUUUAUUGGAACUCCGAUAUAUUUCUUCUGGUGAACGCUAGUAUCUUGUACGCAAAAGUGUUUCAGAGUUACUUUUUUGGAUUCCAAAAUAAGUACAGUAAUUUGACAUGAAUAAUCCAGUUGACUUGUUUAGUUCCCGCCAAGCAGAACCUCUACGCUAUUGCAGCGUUUUAUAGAUUAGAAGC